CCGGGCGGGCUGCGGGGAGCACGGAGGGCGGUUAAAGCGGCCGCCCGGCUCUCGCUCCUCGCCCACGGACGGCUGUAGCCGUCGCUCCGCGCCGCGGCGGCCCGCACUCCAAUGAGGGCCCGGACUCCGGCCCUCGCCGCCUCAGGAGCCGCCCGCAGCCUCCCGUCCCGACCCCCAGCCCAGCGCCCGGCCGGGGCGGGCGGCCCGGACCCAUGCGGCGGCUCCAGGAGCGGUUCCGGAGGUUCAUGAACCACCCAGCUCCAGCCAACAGCCGCUACAAACCCACUUGCUACGAACAUGCUGCUAACUGUUACACACACGCAUUCCUCAUUGUUCCUGCAAUUGUGGGCAGUGCCCUUCUGCACCGACUUUCUGAUGAUCGAUGGGAAAAAAUAACAGCAUGGAUCUAUGGCAUGGGGCUCUGCGCUCUCUUCAUUGUCUCCACAGUGUUCCAUAUCAUCUCCUGGAAAAAGAGUCACUUAAGGACAAUGGAGCAUUGCUUUCACAUGUGUGACAGAAUGGUGAUCUACGUCUUCAUUGCGGCAUCGUAUGCACCGUGGUUAAAUCUUCGUGAGCUUGGACCUCUGGCAUCUCACAUGCGUUGGUUUAUCUGGCUGAUGGCUGCUGGAGGCACUGUUUAUGUAUUUCUCUACCACGAGAAGUAUAAGAUUGUUGAACUCUUCUUCUAUUUGGCCAUGGGAUUUUCUCCUGCUCUGGUAGUGACAUCCAUGAGCAACACCGAAGGACUGGAGGAGGUUGCCUGGGGAGGUCUGAUAUAUUGCCUUGGCGUGGUGUUCUUCAAGAGCGAUGGAGUCAUUCCUUUUGCCCAUGCCAUCUGGCACGUCUUCGUGGCCACAGCGGCUGCAGUUCAUUACUACGCUAUUUGGAAGUACCUUUACAGAAGUCCCGCAGACAUCAUUCGUCACUUAUGAGAUAGGUGUGUAUAUGGGGGCGUGGGGAGCGCUGCACUUGGCCUCUGUAACAGUAUUAUUUGACUUAAGGAAUUCGGGGAAAUCGCACAGGAAAACUGCACUGAUUUUGGUGGUUCUCUGAACACAAUGACUGUGAACUGAUGUGUGUGUCCUGGAAUUGCCCUUCAGAUGGCAAGUGCUGUAACUAACAGAGGUGCUGUGCUGCAGUACUCAGAGUCCAUUCCAUGUUAGCAGAACCGGCUGCCUGAUGUUUACAAAGAAAUUUUCUAUUCUAGUUCAACUUUGUGACUUUUUUUUUUUUUUUUAAACAACGUGAAUUUUUCUAAAUUAACGAUUCCAACGAGGUCGGUGCAAUAGAGAACAUAGAACUCUCCAUUUGAGGUGGGUUUCUGUCACCUUUCCACUCGCAUUUCCUGCCCAUCACUUGCAGGUGAGCGGUCUAUUUUACCACCUGUCAUCUUGAUACGAUGUGACUUCUUUUAUAGAGACUUUCCGGGGGUUUUGUAAACUUUCAGAGUACAUUUGUUGAACUGAAAUCAAACAGCCGUCAUCUAUGCAGUUCCUCAUAUUGCAGAAUCUUGCAAGAAAUGGUUACAUUCCACAUACUGUACCGACAGGCAGACAUUGUACCUCUUAGAAGGGUUGUAGCAUAGGUGUGAUUAUAACCACUUUUGCAAACUAACACAUAAAUGCUGUCCUGCUGAGUUUUGAUGUGAAUAACAUUACGCUUAUCUAUAACACCACUUAAACAGCACCUUAAUUUGGCUUUAUCUGUGAUGGAAACGGAGUGUGAUGGAAGAAAUUGGCAGUAAGUGGUUCUUCAGGAUUGCCAGUCUGCCUCGGUGCUGUGCAAUAAAUAGGGCAGCAGUUUGAGGAAGCCGGCUUAGCGGAGCGCGGCAGCGCUAAUGAGGGCAGCCAAUUAAUAUGCCUCGAUGCAAAACAAAGUUAGUAAUUUCUCCAGAGUACGUAUACUGGUGCUGUAAUAUUAAGUAAGGCUUCAGUUUUUCGAAGGGAUUCUAAAUUGGCUGACAAAAGCAGUUCCCAGCAGCUUCCCCUGGGGCUUUGGCUGAUGUGUGAGGAAAUCCAGGUCAGAGCAGCAGACAGCAGUGACUGAGCAUAGGGAGGCUGUUGCUGUUGUUUCUCCCCAGCACAGCCUGCUAGUGAAAGAAUUUGAUACAGUGUCACUUGACUUCCUGGGACUUAAAACAGAGUAAAAUUGGUCUUUACUUGUAUUUCUGUACAGGAAAAUAAAAUGUGGUAGCAAGUGAUGAUUGUGGAAUGUGCGUUAAACGACCAGAUGUAGAGGAGUCAUUGUAAUACUGUUUAUCUGAUAAUGAAUUGUUCUCUGUCCCACUAUAUAACGAAUGUCUUAUAUUAAGAUCGACUUGAUCCUUUUUCUAAUUUACUCCGUUUUUCAUGUCAGUAUUUGAAAACGAAACCCAAACGUGUUGCCUUUUUCAGAUGUCGUUCUGAACAUUGCCUGUCCCUCUUCCAACGAUGAGUAGCGAGGUAGGGGCUGUUCUUCAAGGUACCAUUAAUGCUGCACCGAGAUUUGCCAGGGGGUGCAUAUUUUAGGUUUGAUACAAACAGAAUUUACAGGAGGGACAGACUUCAGCUUGGAGGCACGGCAGAGGGGUUGCACAGUGUUGAUAGCAGGUGAGCGGAGCAGCGCUGCAACAGGCUGAACAACUGCCCUGUGAGUGUGAGCAGAGCAGCCGGGCACGUCACCUGCAGUGCAGCAGCCUCAAUGUUUGGAUGCCUCAGGUUUUUAACGUGUCUAUUUUAGUAUUUUUCCACUUGGUGAUUUCAUGUCUUUUGUUUAAACGCAGCACUGUCAAAACCACUGAAACACAAGUGAAGGUUUCCUGUAGUCCAAAGUGAAACCGUGGCUCGAAGACGCGUGUUUUAAUUUGGAGUUGUUUUGUCGUGGAGUUGCUUUGCUUUUGGUUUGUUUUUUUUUUGGAGUGUUGGAAAUGGUUUUUAAAAAGUUUCAAUUCGCCAAAACUGUUUUGGAUGAUCGUAUUCGAGUCACUGUGAGACUGAAUGUACUCAACUAACAAUAAACAUUUUGUGCAAUUUGGAAAA